ACAACACUUAUGGCGUGUACACAGCAUUAAAAGCCACAAGUUUACUUUCAUUUAAAUAAAGAAGCUAAAACAUUCAAGUGAAGAGCAUGACAGCGAAAAAGAAGGAGAAUCAAAGGCAAAUGAUGACAAAUGAUUCAGUGCAUCGGUGCGUGUGUCACAAGCGCACCAGUUUGGGACCCCUGUCGUUCCACUCAAAUGUGAACGGUCCUCUGAUUACGCUGAGUGACGGUGGGCGACGGGCGACCAGAGAUGAGUCGUCAUUUCGCCACGGUCUGGUGUUCAGCGCGCGACCGGUACGGAUCCGAGAGAAGAUGCGCCUGCGGGUCGAGGGCUCUACGGGGAAUUGGCACGGCUCGCUUCGGAUCGGUUUUGCCAAUGUUUUACCCGAGGAGACAACGUUACCCUCAAUGGCUGUUCCAGACUUAACCAACUCCUCCUCACUAUACGCAGCAGCGAUACUUCACGAGGACACGUGUUACCCAGGCUCAGAGAUGGAGUUCUGGAUCGACAGCUAUGCCAGAAUUUGCAUACGAAGUUCUGAUGGUAUCACCUACUGUCAGCCGACUGCUCUGAAUAUCCACUGGCCCAUCUGGGCGAUGAUUGACAUCUAUGGACAGACAACCGCAGUGGUGCUGCUUGGUUCCGAAAAGAAAGGUCUGCUAGGCACCUAUAGAUCUUGCCCCGCUCUGAAACACAAACACACUGAUGAUGAAAACUCUGUCUAUGGAAACAUCAAUAAAGAAACACUGGAAAGACUGAAGAAACCAAUGAGCAUGCAGAUCCAUGAGUCUGAUAACACAGGUACUGAAGCCUUUGACUCUGAAGACUGUGUAGUGUGUUGGAGUGAAAAGCCAAACACUCUUCUGAGCUGCGGUCAUAAAUGUGUUUGUACUCCAUGUGCAAUGAAGAUCUAUGAGAUGUAUAAGACGUGUCCUUUGUGUCGUCAGUGCAUACGUUCCAUCCAUUUUAGCUAGUGGCCACACCAGUUUGUUAUCCGCUUGUUAAGUUAUGACGUAAAAAUACCAUCUCCUGGUCCAAGCCUCCACUCGCUUCAUUAGGGACUACAAUCUCAACAGCCGUUUAUGAGCCAUAUUUAUUCAUAUCACACAUUUAAGCUAUAUUUUUAUAUAAACGUGUGGUUUACACUACAGUACAUUCUCCAAGCUCAGAAUGUCCCAGAGAACAAAACUAUAAUUAUUCAUAAAAGAUUCAUUGCUUUUUGUCCAUCUAGGAUUUCAGUAUGAGAUAAAGUUUUUUUUAUGUGUGCACUGUGAGUGUUUAUACAGUUGCUUAAUUUGCGUAAGGCAUCUGAUGGAGCAUUUGGACCCAGAAGUUGAUGUCAAACUUAACAAGCAGAUUGGUUCAUGCACGUUUCAGUGCUGUGGUUAUGUUAUGUAGAGGUUUGUCAUUGUACCCUCCACAUGCUGUACCUCUGUAUUAUUACCUCUGGUUUGUAAGUCACUUUGCAUAAAGGGAUCUGCACAAAUUAUUUCACAGUUUACAUGUUUAUAUGAAUACUAUAUACUAUGUAUACCAUAAUGAACAUAUAAAGACUAAAUGUAAAUAUUGUAUGUAAAAAUGUUGAUGUCUAUGUUUGGAUUACAAAAAUGUGUUUAUUGAAAGUUAAUUAAUAUAUAUUGUAGCAUAACAGUGUAAAUAUGUUUGCAACACUGGUUUUACACUUUUGUAUUAAAUACAUUUUUUGUACAUACAAAAAACACAAAUCAUGUAAAAAUCAUGUGAUCAUGUUACACUCAAAACUCAAUUCAACAAUGCAGUUUUUGUACCAUUUUUUCAUUGUCUAUUAAAGUUUUAUA